AUGUCGGGCGAAUCGGAAGCCAAGAUCCGGCAGCUGUUCCAAGCAGCCACCAGCGCAGCGCCGAGCCUCAUCUUUAUGGACGAGGUGGAUGCGAUUACGCCCAAGCGCGACUCGGCGGGCCGCGAAAUGGAGCGGCGCAUCGUGGCGCAGCUGCUGACAUCUUUGGAUGAAAUCCAGAAGAGCAACGUCAUUGUGCUGGCUGCCACCAAUCGUCCAGAUGCCCUGGAUCCCGCCCUACGAAGGGCCGGCCGCUUUGACCGCGAAAUUGCCAUGGGCAUCCCGGACGAAGCGGCGCGAGCCAAGAUCUUGGAAAAGAUGGUUCAAGGAAUGCGACUGGCUGAAAGCCUGGAUCUGAAGUUCUUAGCGAAGAAGACCGCUGGCUUCGUCGGUGCCGAUUUGUCCGCGCUCACCAAGGAAGCAGCACUGGGAGCGGUCGAACGGGCGUUCAAGGGUCUAGCAGCACUGGCCCGAGACAGCGAGGGCAGCGACAAGGCCUACACCGCGGAGGAGAUGUCGACCUUGGCCAUUGAGGCGCAGGACUUCACCGAAGCCUUGUCGAAGGUCCAGCCUUCUGCCCGGCGUGAAGGAUUCACAACGAUUCCGGAUGUGAAGUGGGAAGACGUUGGUGCACUACAGGAGGUGCAAAUGGACAUGGAUGCUGCCGUGUGCGAACCGAUCCGGAAGGCUGAGCUCUUUCGAGAGCUGGGCUUGACCGUGCCGGUGGGUGUGCUGCUCUUUGGACCUCCGGGCUGUGGAAAGACUCUUUUAGCCAAGGCGGCUGCGGAUUCGGAGGUCGGUGUGGAGGACCCGCGUGCUCCCCAAAUGUGCUGGCGAAUUGGAAGAACAUGGAGGCAACCUGCCAUACCAUACCGACUUGCCACAGCCAAUCAAAGUGGUGCCAACUUCAUUGCUGUCAAGGGGCCAGAACUUCUCAACAAGUACGUGGGAGAGUCGGAACGCGCCGUGCGGCUGGUCUUCCAACGGGCGCGCAGCUCCGCGCCCUGCGUGAUCUUCUUCGAUGAGCUCGAUGCUCUGGUGCCUCGGAGGUCCUCAGAAGGCAACGGUUCCUCCGAACGCGUGGUCAACCAGAUGCUGACGGAAAUGGAUGGGGUGCAGUCGCGCUCGCAGGUCUUCGUGAUCGCCGCGACGAACCGACCGGACAUCGUCGAUCCGGCCAUGCUGCGGCCGGGUCGACUGGAUCGGCUGCUGUACGUGCCGUUUGGAGAUCCUGAGGACGCACAUGCGCAAGACUUGUCAAGAUUUGCCGAGGAGGCGGAAGGCUUCAGUGGAGCUGACUUGGCAUCCUUGGCACGCGAGGCUGCGAUGCAGGCCAUUCGCAGGGCAGCUGCUAGUCCGACACGCGAGACGAGCGAUGCACAGGAGCACAAGUCACUGGCCGCUGCAGCUGGGGUGCAGGUCACCACUGAUCUUCUGGCUCAAGCAAGAAGCCGGAUCCAGCCAUCAGUUGGCAAGCAGGAGAGGAAGGAGUACGAAGAGCUGGCGUAUCGACUCUGUGGAUGGAGACCGGAGAAGGAGCGACCGGACCAGCCGAAUGAGGCGCCGACGCACACGUGA